AUCUCUAGCUAAUUAAUAAUCAAACCUAUAUAUAUAUAUAUAUACUGCUGCGCGCUGCUUCAUCAUCCUGUCAUCUAUGGGCGAAGAAGGAAGAGACAUCAAUAAUAUGAUCCACAACAACAAUGUCGACGUAGACGAGGCGAAAUACAGAGGCGUCCGAAAGAGGAAAUGGGGGAAAUGGGUUUCAGAGAUCAGACUCCCCAACAGCCGCGAAAGGAUAUGGUUGGGGUCGUACGAUUCCCCGGAGAAGGCAGCUCGUGCUUUCGAUGCGGCUCUCUUCUGUCUGAGAGGCCACAAUGCCAACUUCAACUUCCCGCAUCAGCCUCCCAACAUCCCGGGAGGCACGGACCUUCACCCUUCCGAGAUACAAGCCGUCGCUGCUCACUACGCAAACUCCACCACAUCUCAUCAUCAUCAGUUGCAUAAUGUUUCCGUUUCCGAUGAUCAUGAUUAUAUUAUUUCCACCUCAUCAUCAUCAUCAUCAUCUAUGGAUGUCGUGUCCUCGUCCCUAAUGGCGGAUCAUAACAUACCCGAUUAUGGGAUAUUUCCGGGAUUUGAUGAUUAUUUCAUACCCCUACAGCCUUCAUAUACUGCUGCUUAUGAUUACGGUACUACUACUGAAGAGGUCAUUUAUGACGGAUCAGGGGUUUAUUCGCAAGAUCCAUGCCACCUUUGGAACUUCUAAUAAUUUAUAAUUCAAAUUAAUUAGAAGCUAGCCGGCCACGAGAUUGAUCGAUCAACUAUAUAUAUAUUAAUUUAAGCCCCAUCGAUCAAAUCAUGAAUAAAUGAAAUGAAGAUUGAGCUAGCUAGGGAAUUUA